AAAAUGAGAUGCACGGAAGUAAAAGAGAAAAUAUGGCUGAACUGGAAACACUUAAUUCUGCUAAUAUAAACUGAAAAUGUGAAAAAACAUUAAUGAAGAUUACCUGCCAUGCAAAGGAAAUGAUCCGUAGUAGGAACAUCCGGAUUGAAUGGUACCCACACUGAUGUCCUUUUUGUAAAGAUGAACUACAUCAAGAAACUUGGGACUAUGGGGCGCUCCUCAGCUGAUCAGAGAGACCAUGCGCUGGGACUGACCCACCUCAGGAAGCUGUUCGCAGAAUUCAGACAUCCAACCCGAAAGGCCACUCAGGAGGAGCAGGAAUACAAGCUUUACAACAUGAUCCCUCUCUUUGUCAAGGUAUUUGGUGAGGUACCAGCCAGUGAAAUGACUGAGAAGUUUGGGGAUGUCUUACAAUUCUGUAGUCAUCUUUCAAAACUGAUGGUCACAGAGAUACGAAGAAGGGCAUCAAACCAAAGCACAGAAGCAGCCAGCUGUGCCAUAGUCACUUUCCUGGAGAUGGACUCGUCAGAGACCACCGGCAAUGGCUGGAUGUUGCUGACCGCCCUCAAUCUGUUGUCCUGUGGGAACCAGGCCCUGAUCGACUGUAUGACCGCUGCCUCCCUCCCCUCUACCCUCGUCAAGUGUCUCUACCUGUUCUUUGAUCUGCCCGAAAUCGAGGACCCAGACAAAUGUAAUCCGAACUCAGAAUUUACUGCUGAGGAGAGGCGGGCAUUGCUGCAAAAAAUUUGGGUUCAGAUUUUGGUUCACUUAUGCAAGCACACAUCUCCGGCGGAGGAACUGGCGCGGAAAGACGACCUUAGUCUGCUGUUUAGUGCCAUCACCAGCUGGUGCCCACCCCAUAAUGCAAUAUGGAGGAAGUGUGCGGCAGAAAUACUGAUGACACUCUCAAGACAUGGACUGACUCCCACCGUUGUCAGAUACAUACAUGAUAAGGGCUGUGUGCGACACUGUAUUGAGAACAUGCAGAGGAUUCAGGAGUUGUCCCCCCUGGAGCUGGUGGACAUGUUUGUGACGGUGUUCUGUUUCCUGAAGGACUCCAGUGAGGUCUCCCACGUCCUCCUGGACGACUUCAAGACCUGCCAGGGCUACGUGUUCCUCUCAGACUUUUUAUUGAGAUUGGAGAGGGAUGAUGGAGAGGAGUCUCAGCAGGCCCUCAGGAACCUGGUGCUGUUAAUGGGCACACUGACCACCUCGGGCCACUCGGAGAUCAAGCCAAGCCAGGCCUGCUCCAGCUCCCUCUUCAAAAUGCCGGGCUUCACAGUUCCACAGCCUGUGGGCAAAGGUGUGAGUGUCAGAAACAUCCAAGCAUUUCAAGUAUUACAGUCAGUUUUUCUAAAGGCCAGCACCAGUGUGUUGUGUACAGUCAUUUUGGACGUCAUCAGUAGUAUCUACCACCAGGACAAUGCCAACUACUUCAUCCUGGAACCACAGAACACCCUGUCCCAGUUCUCCGAGAAAAUCUACACCAAACCUGAUGAUGUACAGGAAAAGUUCUUCGAGAUCUUGGAGUUUGUUAUUUUUGACCUGAACUUCGUUCCAUACAAAGAGUUGAUCAGUAUCAGUAUUCUCAUCAAAUCUAACCAUUCAGCUUCUUGUACAGUGCUUUGUUUCAAGACCCUUCAUCGAAUUCUCCAGUUCCAUCCCUUGUUCAAAGACGUUUUCCGAGAAGUCGGAAUGUUAGAGGUCAUUGUUACUUGUCUCCGUAGAUACGCUGCUCUGUUUGAGCCAAACGAAGAAUCGGAAAUGAAACCAAUUUCACAGGAACAGAGGGAGAUAGGGUGUCUAGUGAUGGACUGUCUGACUCUACUCCUCUCAUCCAACCACAGCAAUGCUAAUGUGUUCCGGGAAUGUGGGGGAGCCCGCUGUGUCCACGCUAUGGUUCAGCACCCAGACUGCAGGCAGCAGGCCCUCAGCAUCAUACAACAGCUGAUCCUGUCCCCCCAGGGGGAUGACGACAUGGCCACACUGCUGGGACUCAUGCACACCUCCCCCGUCCGGUCUCUACAACUCAAAACUCACAUACUCAAGGCCCUGCUCUCAGUACUCAGAGAAAGCCAUAGGUCCAGAACUGUGUUCAGAAAAGUCAAUGGAUUUGUCUAUGUGAUGUCUCUUCUGCUCUCAAUGGAGGGCUGUCUCUUAGAUCCUCCCAAACUGCCUUGGGAUUCAGUGGAAAGAUCUGCUAUUUUGGGCAUGCUGAAGACGGUGUUUAGUACCCUGACAGUAGCCAUGAGAUAUGAACCAGCUAAUGCCAAAUUCUUUGAGACACAGGUGCAAUAUGACAGUCUUACUGAAGCUGUCCGUCUGCUUGGAUGUUUUUCGGAUGCUGUGGAUAUCCAGCCUCUAUUUGACACAAAUAUCCAGGAAAAUGAUACCAUUGUUCAAGAACAGUCACUGGAUGCUGAAGUUGAUAUAAACAGAGUUGUGUGGGAGGAGUUCUUUUGGAAGAGUCCGGAAAACCAGUUUGAUGAGAAACUCCCACUGGUGUUACAGUCAGCUGCUAUUCUGAUCAAGUUUCUAUACAAUAUGGUGCUGGACACAUUUGACAGACCGUCAGCUUGUCUCCAAGUUCAGACCGACUCACCAGCUCUGAAGAGAUUCACCAUGGUUCAGGAGGAGGAGAAAUCUCGCUCACUGUCGCUCAAGCGUGCGAGCACGGGGAGCAUCACAUUCUCAGUGAACAUUCAGUGUGACCUGAUUAUUGUACACCCGGGGGCCGUCAUGUCCAUUCUGCACCUGUUACCAGCUGCGGAGUUAGAGGGUCAACUCAUAAAAUCAUUAGGCGUCCAGAGCUACAUUGCUGAGCUGCUGAAGGGGAUCCUGUACACAGAGAGGAACCAGCAGAUAAUGUGUGACGCAGGGAUGCCCCACCAGCUCCUGACCCUGGGAUAUGUGGCUCUAGCGGACGACACCCACCCACUCCACCCUCCCUUCAGGGCCAUGUUUGAGAGACUGGCAGCACAAGCACUGACCCCCAGGGAUUUGAGGGACUUCUUGCGGCUUGGUUCUCCCCUCAACUGCCGCUCCAUAGAUGAGAAGGUUGAUGGUCCCAAGUCAAUGGAGACAUCCUGGACUCAGAGCUGGCCUAUCAGCAGAGCCUCCAGCAUUGAUGAGAGGAAGACUCCACUCCAGGUGGAAAACAAACUCAAAACAGCAGGGGAGGCAGUUCCAUUGACACGGGUGAAAUGUCUGGUGUCAAUGACCACGCCUAAGGAUGCCAGGAUAAAUGGGUCUGCAGUCACGCCAGCUUUUGUGGAGUUUGAAAUGACCACUGAGGGUUUCGGCUGUUUGUACCUUCCAAGCAUUGCCCCCCAGGGACCUCCCACACCCUCUGUUGUCAGUGGGGUUGUAGGGGUUGAUUCUACAGUCAUUGGAGGAAUAGGGACCGGAGAGCGGAUCUUUCCACCUCAAUCAGGCAUGACUUUUUCCACCUGGUUUUGUGUGGAUAAGUUCAGUGUGAUUGCUGAUGCCCACCCAGUCCGUCUGCUGACCAUUGUUCGAAAUCUGCAGGGUAGAGAUGAAAACCUUGUUUGUUUGUCCGUAACUCUGACAUCGAAGGAGAGAUCCCUUAUUGUGUCCACUCAAGAAACUCAACUACCAAAUGCAGUGACUGGUCUUGAUCAAGAGCCUGAGCCCAUUUUAAAUGACAACUGUGUGCGAUUCUGGUGUCCAGAGCUGACACAGGAAGGACAGUGGCACCACCUAGUGUUGAUUUUCCACAGAGCUGGAAUAAUGAAGAACAGCAGUGUUAGUCUCUAUGUGGAUGCUGAGUUGGUUAAUACUCAAAAGCUGCACUACAUUUCUCCCAAUCUGGGUGGUGGUGGUACCGCUAGUCCGACCGCCUUUACCUCAGUGUACGCCUAUAUCGGCAGUCCCCCACAGCUGCGACGGAACUCUCGCCUCACCUGGAGACAGGGGCCCUGCCACCUGAUGGAGGACGUUAUAUCUGGCUCUGCUAUUAGUUGUCUAUAUAAGCUGGGACCCGUCUAUGUUGGAAGUUUUCAGUCGACGUGUAUCGAGGACAUGGAGAUAUCCAAUGCCCUGGCAGCAGAAGAGAAGCUGGUGUUUGGGAUCCACGCUCAUGCUGUGUCUCAGAUGACUGUCCUAUUGAUCAGGAAAAACUACAGCAAAGUGGACAGCAAGUCAAUAGCCAAGCAGUUGGCAAUGUCUGCCCAUGAUAAUGCUACUCCCAUUAGAAUCAUUCAUAACUCAGCGGGUCAUCUGAAUGGACCAGCCAGGAGUCUCGGUGCAAUACUCAUAGGAUACCUUGGUGUUCGGACCUUCUGCCCUCGGCCAGUUGCCAAAAUGCUAGAAAACAUUGGAGGUGCUUCAGCUUUGCUUGGGCUGGUUGCCAUGGCUACAGAUGUGGAGGAGUUGUAUGCUGCUGUGAAAGCGCUGGUCUGUGUUGUCAAGAGCAACAAGUCCAUCCUGAAGGACAUGGAGAGAAUCAGUGGCUAUCAGCUCCUAGCAAUGCUCUACAAGAAGAAACAGAACCUGUUGAACAGUCACAUUUUACACCUGACAUUCUCACUGAUUGGGACCAUCGACAGUGGCAAGGAAAGCUCCGUCAUUCCAAACAAAAAGGCCUUUCAGGAUUUCCUGUGUGACCUGGAGGUCUGGCACCAUGCUCCUUUUGAUCUUCAGAGAUCUUUAUAUGAGCAUUUCUUUGAGCUUCUAACUGACUCCAGUGAUCAGAGCAAUAACUUCCAGCUGAUGCGUGACCUUGGAAUGGUGGGUCGGUUGCUCCACAUCCUGAAGGACAAUCAGUUGACCCCCGCCACCAUCAGGACCAUCUCCAGUGUCAUCACAGUUCUCCUGCAGGGAACCCCAGAUCCUGUGUCUAUGCUGAAAGUGGGACAGUUUAUUGUAUCUACCUUGCCCUCCAUGUCAGCCUCGGAGAAGCAGGUGGUGGUCAACGGCAUCAGCCCCACUGAGGACGCCGAUGGUGACACUGGUGCCUCUGUUUACAAAAUCAAGAUGAGGAACGUCUGUUUAGAAAUUAUACUGGAAUUAUUGAAAGAUCCAUCUUCUGGAAGCAAUGUUGUGUUGGAAGAGAUUCAGAAGGUGCUAGGCUUUGAUUGGCUGCUGCUCUUUAUCCAGCCCCAUGUCCACCGAAGCACAGUUAUUUGUGCCCUGAAAGUACUGCUGACCAUCCUACACAACCCAGCCUCCAUGCAGAAGUUCAGGGAAGGGGCUCCAGGAGGGGGCUGGCUUAGUAACACUGAACCAGUCCUAAAGCAGCACGUUGGAGUCAUGUUAGGUUUGAACAUCAGCACGAAGAACACUGGUCAGAAGCGAGAGCUGAACCAGGAGGUGUGUAAGGUCCCGGGGUUCACAGAGCUGCAAUGGCUGCUGCCUAAGCACAGUAACAUCCCAGAGGUCUACUUCCUGAUGAUGGCCCUGUUACUGGGGCAGCAUGUAGACAAACUACCUAUUGAUGUAGAGCUAAAUCUGGACAAGGUGUGGACUGUGAUUUUCGGGGUACCGGCCAGUAAGCCUGUCUCCAUUGCGGCUAAAGAGAGGCAUGCAGACCUGUGUCCCGAGGCAGCCAUGGUCAUACUGAGCAUGAUCAGGAGCAUGCUCAAUCAGGACCAGGAGGAGGUGGGUGGGGCCUGGAUACAGGAGUACCCGGUCACCCUGAUGCAGUUCUUUCUGUUCCUGUACCACAACCAGCCGGACUUUGUCCAUCUGUCCUCCACCCCAGAGUUCAUCAGCAGUCUGGCCGCCACCCUAUUUCCAUACAAUAUUGUGGACCACGAUGUCACCACACCAACUGAGGAGUUUAAACCAUUCCCUGAAUCAGAGAGCUUUGUCAAAGUUCGCACUCCAGAGAAGGAUCUGCCAAGUCUGCUGACCGGACACCCCGCGCGGAAGUACGUGGUAGACUUUAUCCGGACCAUCGUGGUGGACAGCUUCUCUCACCACGUCUCCUCCAAAUCCUCCAUCACAUUGGAUGUUGUUCUAGAUGCCUCCCCAGAGACUGCCACGAGGUCACAGAGAAGGGAAUACCAGACGGAUAUUCUGACAGUUAUCAUGGAGCAUCUGCUGGCCGCUGAUGUGUUGCUAGGAGACCAGGCAGCCCUGCCAAUAUCAUCGGGCGGAAAUUAUUCCAACAUGGCCAACAAUGUUUUCUACUUUGCCAGUCGUCUUGUCGACAAAGUUUGGCAAGGAGUAUAUAGUAGAGAAACAAAGGAAGUGUUUGACUUCAUCAGUAAACUCAUUUCACAGGCCAAGAAAAAAUCUUCGGGAGUAUCCUUGGAUUUGAUAUACAAGUCGUUGAAUCGGACCGUGCUUUACCAAUUAUCACGACCCAUCAACACGGUGUCGGGACAGACCAUGGUUCUAGAGUCGCUACAUAAGCUGACCAGCAACAGGACUCUCAUCUUUGGUCCCAAGAACUACGACACAGAGUUCCUUGUCUGUCUGUGCUACUGCUUGCUUCAGCUGACUGAGGAGGAUCCAGAGAAAAGCAUGGAGAAUCUGCAUGGAGGGAAAGCCCUGAGGACCACCUGGCACAUGACCUUUCCUGAGGAGGAGAAUGGGGACCUCGAGGCCAACUACAGCCAUUACCUGAAGGGGUCAGGUGUCAACGAGGGGCAUCAGCUGGUUGUGAGGGCUGCCAAGCGAGUGUGGGAAGAACUGUAUGCCUGUAAAAAACCUGCAUUGGAGGAGGUUUUUAAAACUCAACUGAACAACAUUGACAGCAGUUCUACCUCCAUAUCUUCACCAGAUAUAUUCUCUGUAAGAGGGUUGAUACAAGAGUAUGCUUCUAAAGUCUGGGUGGCCUACUUGGACAAUGAGAGGAGAUGUCAGACGUCUUAUGCUGAGAGAUUCCCCACACAGAUCCAGUCGACUCUCCAAAAAGUUGGAAGUGGAGUUCUUAGAUUGGCCACAAGAAAAGGAAAGAAAGAGCUGCCUCUGAAAGUGUCCCCAUGUUCCAAUGUUCACAUGACAGACUUCAUUUCUUGGACUCUCUCCCAUAUUGCCAUUGUAAAAGACCUGGUUGAGUUGCAGCACCAGCAAUAUCUCAAGGCCCAGGAGCAUAUGGAGCGUUACCUGCUGGAGGAAUGGACCCUUAGGGAGACUGACCUACUGAGGGAGAGGGGACUGUGGGGACCUCCCGUGGGGUCCAGGCUCAGGAAGUGGAUGCUGGAUAUGACAGAGGGCCCAAGUCGAAUGAUGAAAAAGAUGAUACCAAAUGACAUGUUCUAUGCCCACUAUCCAUACAGACCGGACAUGGAAGACAGUCCCUUGAAGUACAAGAUCGCCAUGAGCUACGACAGUAAGGAGUACUUCGAGAGGUUCCGCUCCCAGACUCUGGUGGAACCGGAUGUCCUGCCCAUCAUGAGGGGGGUGGAGGACACCAGUGAUACAGACAGCGUGGAGGAAAAGUUCCCAGAUGUUUCAGACAUCACCAGGAUGACCAAGCUGCUGGGGAGACCUUCCAAACAGAGGCAGGUGGAUGUGGAUGAGGAGUCUGAGGACCAGUCCUAUCCAGAGAGUCUGACGGAUGUGGAGAAGUCCGAAAACCAGGGCGAGGAGUUACGUGUAGAGGAGGGCAGGGAGGGACAGCCAGAAUCCCCAGGGCCCAAAACCGACAAUAACCAGACCAUACUCAGAAUCCUGGGGGAGGGAGAAAAGAUAACAAACAUAUUUCGGUGUGCGCGCAUACAAGGAUUGGAUACAGCGGAGGGCCUUCUGUUGUUUGGUAAGGAACACUUCUAUGUGAUCGACGGAUUCACCAUGCUGAGGACUCGAGAAAUCCGAGACAUUGACAGUCUACCUUCUGAUUUGCAUGACCCAAUCAUUCCAAAGGCAUCCAAAGGAAGUGGAACUCUAAAACGACUGUGCAGCAAGUUUAUGUAUGAGGACAUUCGUGAGGUCCACAAGAGGCGGUAUCUCCUGCAGCCAAUCGCUGUGGAGGUCUUCUCAGCAGACGGCAGAAACUAUCUCCUCUCAUUCCCCAGGAAGCUCAGAAACAAAGUGUUUGCAAAAUUCAUGUCUGUUGCCACAGCAAUGACAGACAGUGCCCACCAGUCUGUGUCUGGACAAAAACAAGGGGCCAAAAUAGAGGCAGGGACCGGUAUAAUCAGUUCACUGAUGGGAGAGAAGUCAGUAACACAGAGAUGGGAGAGAGGAGAAAUUAACAAUUUCCAAUACCUGAUGCAUCUGAACACCCUAGCUGGCCGCUCCUACAAUGAUCUGAUGCAGUACCCUGUGUUUCCUUGGAUUGUUGCUGAUUAUGACUCGGAGGAACUAGAUCUGUAUGAUGAAAAGACUUUCAGGGACCUAAGUAAACCCAUGGGUGCUCAAACACCUGGGCGACUACAGCAAUUCAAGAAACGCUACCAGGAUUGGGAUGACCCUCAAGGAGAGACACCCCCAUAUCAUUACGGUACUCACUACUCCUCGGCUAUGAUCGUAGCCUCCUAUCUAGUCAGAAUGGAACCAUUCACACAGCACUUCCUGUCACUCCAGGGAGGGCAUUUUGAUCUAGCUGACAGGAUGUUUCACAGUGUGAGAGAAAACUGGUACUCUGCAGCCAAAAACAAUAUGGCCGAUGUUAAGGAACUUAUUCCUGAGUUCUUCUAUCUGCCUGAAUUCCUGAAGAAUUCCAAUAAUUUUGAUUUAGGUGUUAAGCAGAGUGGGGUUGCUUUGCAUGAUGUAGUGCUACCUCCGUGGGCCAAGGACGACCCAAGGGAAUUUAUUCGGGCACACAGAGAGGCUUUGGAGAGUGACUUUGUUAGUGCACACCUGCACGAGUGGAUAGAUCUGAUUUUUGGAUACAAACAGCAAGGGCCGGCGGCCGUGGAAUCAGUUAAUGUGUUCCAUCAUCUGUUCUACGAGGGAAAUGUCGACAUCUACAGCAUUGACGACCCCCUCAAGAAAAACGCUACCAUCGGCUUCAUCAAUAAUUUUGGUCAAAUUCCAAAACAGCUUUUUAAGAAGCCACAUCCCCAGAAGAGGCUGGCCCUGAGACUCAAUGAAUCGCUACCCAUGGGAGUGGUACCUAGUCAAGACAAGCUGUUCUUCCACAAUGUGGACAACCUCCGACCAGCUAAACAGGCCAUUAAAGAUCAUAUGCUAUACAUGAAGGUGCGAAGUGCGGUGGGACAGAUCAUUGCUACUGAUCGCAUUGUCAUGGCAGUUGAACAAAACAAAGUCCUCAUUCCAAAUACAUUCCAGAAAUUCUUGUCCUGGGGGUUCUCAGACAGAAGUGUUCGCAUUGGGACAUAUGACUCUGAAAAGGUAUCUCAGGUGUAUGAAUGCCUGGAUAAUGGAGAAAUUCUGUGUGCUACCUGCCCUGAUGCCAAAACCUACAUCACUGGAGGAACAAGUUGUGUUGUGAAUGUUUGGGAGAGUCGACAGAAGCGCCUGACCCUGAAGCAGCCUCUUUAUGGACACACGGAGGCCGUGACCUGUCUGGCAUCCUGCCAGGGUUAUAACAUGAUCGUCAGUGGCUCCAGGGAUAGGACCUGCAUCAUAUGGGACCUCAGUCGCCUCCAGUUUGUCAGACAGUUACGAGGUCACUCGGGACCUGUGGCAGCCGUCUGCAUCAAUGAACUCACUGGUGACAUUGCGUCCUGCUCGGGUACGUACCUGUACCUGUGGUCCAUCAAUGGGGAGGAGAUUGCCUGUGUCAACACCGCGCCCCCACAGAACAACCAGCAGAUCCUAUGUCUGGCCAUGUCACAGAUGUAUGAGUGGGACAGCAAGAAUGUCAUUUUAACAGGAAGUAAAGAUGGAGUAGUCAGGAUGUGGUCUGUAGAGUAUGUUCAAGUGCCAAAAGAGGAGAAAAGGAAUCUCAAAGUGGAGGAAAAGAGCCCAUUAGAAAACAAGCAAAAAUCAACCAAUCAAAAUGAUGCUUUCAAGGACAUCCAGACUGCUGUGGAUCGUCUGAAGGCGUUAAAAGAUCUGAAAAUGGAAAACAAGGAGUUGGAGUUGGGUUCCUCGGUGGAUAGUGAGAGUCACAUGGGAACACAUGCUGCUACCCAUGCUGCUAUGCUGGAGCAUGAGGACAGUGUAGUCAGCAGUGUCAGUAAUGUGACUCCUCACAAUGAGGAUUCUGUCAGUCUAAACAGUGAGGACCGACUGUCAGUCAAGUCCUCGGAACCCUCCAUAGAUACAGCUAUAGAGGCGGAUGAGGAUCUGGACAUGCAGGGGGAUUUGAUCAAGGGGAUCAGUGAUCGAAGUCAGAGCCAGCCCGACCUGAAGGACUCGCUGAAAGAGAAUGAUAUCAUGGUCAAGUCCAUGUCAACAGACUUUGAAGUGAUCACGGACUCUGAAGUCCACGGGGCUCCCAAAACAGUGGAGGACCUGCUUAGGAAAUACAAGGGAAAUCAUAGGAAUUGCCUGAGAGAUGGAUUUAAGUGGCAAAGACAGCUGCUUUUCAGGAGCAAACUGACCAUGCACACUGCAUUUGAAAGAGACGAUAACAAAGAACCAGCAGCCAUCACAGCCAUAGCAGUCUCAAAGGAUCACCGUACAGUGUUUGUUGGCGAGGACAAAGGUCGAGUGUACAACUGGACUGUAACUGAUCAACCAGGUCGAGUGGUCGCGGAUCACUGGAUAAAGGACGAUGGUGUAGAGAAGUGCCAUUCCUGCGCCAUUAGGUUCUCAUUCUCCGAACGCAAGCACCACUGCCGAAAUUGUGGGAAAGUGUUUUGUUCAAAAUGCAGUCGAUAUGAGACAGAAAUUCGUCGCCUACGAAUCCUUAAACCUGUGCGGGUGUGUCAGGCUUGCUUUAAUAUAUUACGGGCACAGCAAGCAGCAGAUGCUGUUUCACAGAACAAAGUUUGACCGUUAGAGGUCAAUGCUUCUGAGGUCAUAAUGGGGAGCAGCAUUUUGUGGAAGUUUUGUUCAUCUGUUUAACAUGGUGAUGUUUUAAGGUUAUGAGGGUCUUGAAAUUUGAUGGAUGUGUUCGAAAUUCCAUUGAUGAAAUAUUAAAUUAUAUAUGUGUUAAAUUACAUACAUCUAUACAUGUACAGUGUAUGAAUGACAUUGUUUCCAUGUCUCUUGUUGAUAUUUUAGUAUUUAUUGUUUGAAAGAGAUUUACUGUUCCUUAGGAAUUGGAUUUUUUUCACGAUAUUAAAAUGCUGUGUUCUAGUCCCGUUGUCUUAUAGGACUGUCUACAGUCUGUCUUGUCUUGUCUAGUGUAGACAUCUAGACAUCGUCAUAAUGAAGUAGACUGUGUAAAGUCUGUCUAGUGUAGACAUCAUCAUAAUAAGGUAGACCUCCAUAAUAAUCAAACCAUUAGUAUAUUAUAGCUCCGACAUGUAGAUUAGUCUUAUGCUUCAAUCACCUUGCUGGCUAACAAAAGUUUAUGUAUAAAAGGGAGCUUGCUGGAAUUAUUCAUAUAUGGUAUUUUGUAGACCAUGCUUGUAAUGGAUAGGUUGUUGACACAAAUAAAACAAUGUGAACAAGUAGGUAGCAGUGAUAAAAUGGCUGCAGACAUUUUUAUUCCAAAUGCUGACUGUGAUAUUUUUAGUUGUUGUAGCAGGUUUAGUUCACUCUCCCUAUGGCUUUCAGAUAAAAUCCCCAUCAUUCCUUAUACAAAAGUCAUUAUUACAUGUAUAUAACUAUAUAAUAGACUUUACUGGAAACCAUGCAAUAAACCCAGAGUGCAAUAUGACAAUGUGUAGGUAUAAAUUGUUAUGAGACUAUUUAAUUGAUACUAUACCUUUAACAGAAAACAAAAAGGCUGAACAUUCAAAAGGAAAGACUGUAUCUGUACCUUUUAAUUUCUGCUUUAAAGAUGCUUGCUUUUGGAUGUUAUUUCUCGGUUGUAUAAAAAAUGGAAUCCUUUUCAUUGUUCUUGCCAUUUUAAUUCUGAUAUGAUAAACAGCUUUUAAUAUUUUUGUGACGUUCAAUGAAUUUCAUAACUACUGUUAGGUUAUCUUUUAAAACAAGUUUCUAUUAUACAAAACUCUGCAUAAUAUCAGUAACUUAUUAACUUUUAUCUAGGUUUAGAUAUUUGUACUAGAAAUCAGUGUUGUACUAUUGAAAGCUAGGAUUUAACCAUUGGGUGUGAUCAAAUAAUGCACUGUUCUAUUCUUGAGAAGGGAGACAAUUCAUCCUGUAUCGUUAUUUUGUGGAGCGCUGAAAAGUUUAAAUUAACAAUAUUAUCCUUUGUCUUCUGUCUGUUUUACCCUGUGUAAUUUGUCCGAGUUCAGCUCAGUAAAUAAAACACCAAAGUCAA